AUGGCUACACAAUUAAGAGCAAUUGACGGAUUAAUUUCUGUCUCGGUUACUCAUUGCAGAACAAAUUUGCGUUUUUCUCAAUUUACAAUAAAUCCUGAAGGGUUACUUGGCCCGAUAUUAAAAAUAUUUGAAGUUACAAUUAAUGAUUUAAUUAGACAACGAAUUCCUGAUCUUUUGUGUAGAUCUUUGAGGGAUAUUGUUGAAAGGAAUUCACCUCACUUAUUUCAACGAAUUACUUAUAUUCCUUUAGGGGAGCAUUUUUCUACUUUUGGGAAUGGAACUGAUGGUGUUAUUGAAAGAUUUGUACAACGCCUUUCUAAUGGCUUAUUUAUCGAUGGCAGAAUGGUUUCUGACCCUGUAAUAACCAACGAUUAUUUUGAAACACAACAGAGAGGUGAAUUACGUUAUCCAGAAUCUUAUCAUUCUGCUCCCUUCUUUCCACAGCCAAUCCCAAUAGAAAAUGAUUCUCAAAGAAUGUUUUAUUUGUAUGCUUCUGAUUAUACCUUAAAUUCAAUGUUGUAUCAGGUGAACUCUACCUUAAUGGACAUUUUGUGUAAUAACUCUUGA